GCCAGGCUCGCGGGAGCCCGGCUUCCACUUCGCGCCGCCGCCCGCCCGCCUCCCCGGCUCGCCGGCUGGCGUCGCCACCGCCUCCUCGUCCCCCGGCCGCCGCUGUCGCCGCUGCUGCAAUCCAGGACGCACACUCUUCCACUUUCCCGCUGGCGGCGCGCAGGACGCCCCUCGCGCCGGCCCCGGAGAGCUAGCCCCCCCGCCCCCCGGGGCCCCGGCCGGAGCGGGCUCGGCGGCCAGCGAGGAAAUCCGGACUCGGCUUUCCCUGAUGCCACUGCAGCAGCUGGCAGCCGGGAAGGCGCCCACGGAGCGGGCGCGCCGAGCGGGACGCGCGAGCCGCGGAGGGAGACCCCGGCGCCUGCUGGGCUCCGCUGGCAGAGUUUGCAAGUGGCCGCGACCCCAGGUGGCAGUCCUGAGCCCUAAUGCGUGAGCAGAUGGAAACCCGGCAGCCACUGUUUCCAUGAGGUGGAUACACCGAGCAUGACCCCCAGCUGGGAAAGGGGCCAGAAAAUAGCCCUCGGUGAAACAAUCCAGCCCUGACAGGCCGGAAGAGCCAAGAAAAAUCGCAAAGUGAGCUGCAGUGCUGGUGACCGACAGAAUCCUCCUGCGACUGCCAUUAUCCAAGUUCUUUGGGAGCUUUCUGACGUGAGGAACAAGAUGUAGGAAAAUGGGACUGACUCCUGGGUGUGGGGUCCCUUCUGUGGCUCCAGGAAGCUCACCUUGACCUCAGGAGGGCUCCAUUCUCUUGGCAUCACCUUUGCGGAAGGAAUAAGACUGCAGACCCCCAGGGGUUCCAUCCUGAAGGGAAGCUUUGGGAACGCAGCCCCCCUCCAUCCCCUUCCUGAACCCCCCCCCCCCCCCUCCGCCAGCCAAGCCCCAGCGAGCCAGUCCGGAAUGAUCCUGCUAUGGCCAAGCUCUGGUUCAAAUUCCAGCGGUACUUCCGCAGGAAGCCUGUGCGUUUCUUUACCUUCCUGGUGCUCUACCUGACGGCCGGGAGCCUGGUCUUCCUUCACUCUGGCUUCGUGGGCCAGCCUGCCAUCUCCCAGAGCCAGGCCAGCCCCGCCGCGGGGGUCCAGGCCGAAGGCGCUGAGCUGCCCUUCUUGGGUGACCUGCACCUGGGCAGAGGCUUCCGGGACACGGGUGAAGCCUCGAACAUUGCCCGCAGGUACGGACCCUGGUUCAAGGGCAAGGACGGGAGCGAGAGGGCCAAGCUGGGUGACUACGGUGGAGCCUGGAGCCGAGCCCUCAAGGGGAGGAUCGUCCGGGAGAAGGAGGAGGAGCGAGCCAAGUACAUCGGCUGUUACCUGGAUGACACCCAGAGCCGGGCCCUGCGAGGCGUGUCCUUUUUCGACUACAAAAAGAUGACCAUCUUCCGUUGCCAGGACAACUGUGCAGAACGGGGUUACCUGUAUGCCGGGCUGGAGUUCGGUGCGGAGUGCUACUGCGGCCACAAGAUCCAGGCGACGAACGUGAGCGAGGCCGAGUGCGACAUGGAGUGCAAGGGCGAGCGCGGCAGCGUGUGCGGCGGCGCCAACCGCCUGUCCGUCUUCCGGCUGCAGCUGGCCCAGGAGUCUGCGCGCAGGUAUGGAAGCGCUGUCUUCCGAGGCUGCUUCCGCAGGCCCGACAACCUCUCCCUGGCCUUGCCCGUGACAGCCGCCAUGCCGAACAUGUCCGUGGACAAGUGCGUGGAUCUCUGCACUGAGAAGGAGUACCCGCUGGCGGCCCUGGCGGGCACCGCCUGCCACUGCGGGUUCCCCACCACGCGCUUCCCGCUUCACGAGCGGGAGGACGAGCAGCUCUGCGCCCAGAAGUGCAGCGCGGAGGAGUUCGAGAGCUGCGGGACCCCCCGUUACUUCAUCGUGUACCAGACACAGGUCCAAGACAACCGUUGCAUGGACAGAAGGUUCCUCCCAGCCAAGUCCAAGCAGCUCAUCGCUCUGGCCAGCUUCCCAGGCGCUGGCAACACGUGGGCUCGCCACCUCAUCGAGCUGGCCACUGGCUUCUAUACGGGCAGCUACUAUUUUGACGGCUCUCUCUACAACAAAGGGUUCAAAGGUGAGCGGGACCACUGGUGCAGCGGCAGGACCAUCUGCAUCAAGACGCACGAGAGCGGCCAGAAGGAGAUCGAGGCCUUCGAUGCCGCCAUCCUGCUCAUCCGUAACCCCUACAAGGCGCUCAUGGCAGAGUUCAAUCGCAAGUACGGCGGCCACAUCGGCUUCGCUGCACAUGCCCACUGGAAGGGCAAAGAGUGGCCGGAGUUUGUGCGGAACUACGCCCCGUGGUGGGCCACUCACACGCUGGACUGGCUCAAGUUCGGCAAGAAGGUGCUGGUGGUGCACUUCGAGGACCUGAAGCGGGACCUGUUCGUCCAGCUGGGCCGCAUGGUCAGCCUGCUGGGCGUGGCCGUCAGGGAGGACCGGCUGCUGUGCGUGGAGAGCCAGAAGGACGGCAACUUCAAGCGCUCGGGGCUCCGGAAGCUCGAGUACGACCCCUACACGGCCGACAUGCAGAAGGUCAUCUCUGCCUACAUCAAGAUGGUGGACGCGGCCCUGAAGGGGAGGAACCUCACCGGCGUUCCCGACGACUACUACCCCAGAUGAUGCAUCAGGCGGGGAAGGGGCCGGGAGUCCCGCCCGAGCGGGGGUCUCGAGACUCCUGGGGACGCCCCCCCCCCCCCAACCCAUCUGUCCUCUCUCUCUGGCUUGGGGACAAUCCCCUUGGCCGCUGUCGGCCUUCAGUGACUUUGCUGCAUGACCAAGGAGGCUCGAGGGAAGAGACUGGGCGCUCCCCACCCUUGGAGGCGCAGGGGGCCCCUGGUUUGGAGACGUUCUAGCCACGUGGACCCUUUUCUGUCUCCUCUGCCCCCCCCCCCCGCCACUCUGGGCCCCACCUGUGGGAGGGAGGGCUCACGGUGGCCCCAGGACAUGGAUGUCCCACUGCAGAUGUCAAGGACCUCGAUGCCAGGGUGGAAGGGACUGGCCCCAGACUCUCUUCCCUUCUGGGCUGAACAUUCACGGCCUCCCCCCACCUUCUCCCCUCCACCCCCGGAAUCACAGGCACCAACACUUAUCCGGGCCGCUUCUGUUUGAAGAAGGGUCUCACCCCGGGUGGGGUGCGGAGGCCAUGAUGCUCACAGGACGUUAACAGGCACCACCGCGUGGGGCCGCUGUUGUCAUGAGCCCACCUCUCGCCACAGUGCUCCUGAGAAGCCAUCGGGUUGGUUGGCCACCUCUAGGGCCGGAAUUCUGCCCUUUUCUUCCCCUGCUGUAGCCAGAAGGUGACCUUGGGAUCUUUGAUCUCCCUUCUGGGGGUUCUCAGGCGCCAAUAGUUACCCCACUAGGAUGGCCACAUGCAGAAUCUUGAGUAGCACAGCUCUCUGUUGUGGCGCCCAACACAUUGAUCCUACACUGCCCUCUGACCCCUACCAGUGGGUCCUUUGCUAUCCGGAUGAGAGAGCAAAGUGCUCCAAAUCAGGUGGGACCAGGACCCUACUACCUUCUCAGACCAUUGACCUCCCCUUGGUCAUAGUCCAAGUGGGGCUGGCCUCCCUCAGAAUGGGAAUGGUUCUUCAUUUCCAUACAAGCACUGCCCCCUUGGUGGUUAAGACCUCAAACCAAAGGAUUCUCAAGGACCUGGGUUGCUAAUUAUCUGUCUUUGAAAGCAUCGAUUCAGGACCCAUCUUUCCCCCGCCUCGGAUACCAGUGGCUUCACAUCCAGCCCAUACCCGUGCACCUGUCUCAUUCCCUACCACGUAGAUGCAAAAGCCAUAGGUCACAGAUCUUUGCUAUUCUGUCUGGAGCAGCCCCCCCACUCGGCCCCUUCGAAGGCUCGGGGGGCAGGUAAAAAUGCUCGUUCCCAAAUACCCAAGAGACUAGGGAGAAGGAGCGUGUAAAGAGAUAUAUUUUUUUAAGAGGAAUAGAACUAAUACGUUCUGCCCCUUGGCACUUGGCCACUCGAAGAGAAGGGCUUAGGGAUUGAGCCUGUGUUUCUCUUCCCUGAUUCCCUCAGCUGUGGGAUUCGGGCCACCGCAGGGCCCAGCCAGGGGGCCCUGAAUGUAUUUUAUACCAUGUUUCUUCCCCCACCCCCCACCCAGGCUAAUUUCUAGUCUUUUGAGAAGCAGUCGAGGGCGUGGCCUCCCCUCCCACUUAGAGAUCAGCGCUCUCUGGGGUGACUCUUGGUCCAAGACCUGGGCCAGCUCUGCUGGUGGCCACUCAGGCCACAAGCCUCAGUCCGAAGAUUCCUCAGGUCAACACCAUCAUUAAAAAGCGAGUUUUGUUGAGUAU